GCCGAUUUGCGAGCUACCAUUUCUCAUCUGGCCUUCCACCUUCUCCAUAAGAAGCCGCAGGGUUUCGUUAGUUCCGCCGGCGGCUGCUGUCCUUGGUGGCUAAUUUCGCAUUACUUAUCUAGGGGCUCCUCUCUUUGUCUCUUUCCUCUUGAGAACCUCUUCCCCUCCUAGUUUUCUUUACUUCUCGCAUUCUCUCGUCUCCUAUAUCUUUAUUGCCUGGUGUCUCCGUUCGGCCAAAUAUAUUCAUUACAGCCGCUACUACCCGGUCGGCAUGGACAACAUUCCAGAGACCCCCCCGAACGAUGCCAGUGCUGCCUCCACCCCUCCCGCCGAGGAACCCCAGAGCCCGGCGCUGCCUCCUGAUAUUGCUGCCGGGACGAGGAAAGAGAAAGGUCGUGUACGCUUCAACAGUGUCGCCGGAUUUGGACCCCCUCCCUUCCUGGACUUGAGGAUCUCGCCGGGCAAUGCGUCACCCAACGAUGGAUCUUAUAUCCCUUCCAAGCCAAGGCCUUCGGUGCUGCGUGGGAAUUCCUAUAACUCGGUGACUAGUAUCCCCGAGUCGAUCAACGACGACCAAUUCGCCUCCGAGAAGGCGAUGUCGGCCUAUGCUGCCCAGGAACGUGCCCAGCAGGUGGCGGCUGCCACCCUGCAAUACUCCCAAUCUGCCCCCGGAUCGACGAGGACAUCUGUAGACUCGGAGGCCGAGACAGUGAACAGUGGCGGCGAUAUCCUUCCGGGUCUUAAUAACAACAUACCUCUCGACGACUACACCCUGAACCAGGAUGCCAACGCCGGAACUCCCGCGGCCGCGCAGAAGGUCAUGUCGGACGAGCGGGCGGCGAAAGAGGAGGCAUAUAACCUCGUCCGAUCACACACGCAAAGACAAAACCAGGGGGCGUACCCGACGGCGACGCCCAAUACCGCGCUGAGUUCGGGCCAGCUUACGCCGGUCGGGGGACAUAUCCACGAGCUCUACGUGCCGCGACCAGCGGAAUACCGCCCGAGUGUUUUGUCGAACUUGCUGAAGCUGUACAAACCACCCGACGCGUCCUCUCCCAGUUACCCACAUAGUCGGAAGUCCGAACAAGGAAGUGAGUUCACCACUCCCGGCUCGUCUGGCGCUACCACGCCAAAUCGGCGGAAGUGGUACGAGAAGAACCGCUCGUCGGAUACGUUGGCCAAUUUGGUGGAAGCAUCCGCACGUCUUGCCAAUGCUAGCGUCAAUGGAUCCGCGCCGAAAGGGAAGCGGCCAAAGCCCAGGCGGAGUCCUAGUUCCCGGUUCAUGAGCUUCACCCGGUCGCGAGACGAAGAAAUCCGCAUCACUAUGCAUAUCGCGGAGACGUUAACUCGCCAGAAGUACAUCAUACAGAUGUGCAAGGCGCUCAUGCUGUACGGCGCUCCGACGCAUCGUCUGGAGGAGUACUUGAGGAUGACGGCGAACGUUCUCGAGAUCGACGGCCAGUUUCUUUACUUGCCUGGCUGCAUGAUCAUCUCCUUCGACGACCGGUCUACCCAUACCACGGAGGUGAAGAUCGUUCGCAUGACCCAAGGGAUCGAUCUCGGCAAGCUAAGGGACGUUCACGAGAUAUACAAAUUGGUACUCCACGACAAGAUAGAUCUUGAGGAAGCCAUCGAGUCACUGUCGAGAGUGAUGAAUAUGAAGGACAAGUUUCAUCCGUGGUUGAGGGUCCUGGGCUUUGGCUUAGCAAGCGCGGCGGUCGCCCCGUUCGCCUUUGAAGGCCAAUUGAUCGACCUACCCAUGUGCUUCAUCUUGGGGUGUCUUGUCGGCACCCUACAGAUCAUCGUCGCCCCGAGAUCGGAUCUGUACAACAAUGUGUUCGAGAUUUCCGCCGCCGUGUUGACGAGCUUCUUGAGUAGGGCCGUCGGAAGUAUUGGGGGGGGGACUCUGUUCUGCUUCUCGGCUCUAGCUCAGAGUUCAAUCGCCCUUAUUCUUCCUGGCUGGUUUGUCUUAUGUUCCGCCCUCGAGCUGCAAUCUCGGGCCUUGGUACCGGGGUCUAUCCGCAUGGUAUAUGCUAUAAUCUACUCGCUAUUCCUAGGUUUCGGUAUCACGGUGGGAACAGCACUCUACGGCCUCAUGGAUAGCCACGCCACCUCUGCGACCACUUGCUCGAAUCCCAUACCGACGUACUACCGCUUCUUUUUCGUGCCGCUCUUCACCAUAAGCCUUGCCUUCGUGAACCAAUCAAAGUGGAAGCAGAUGCCGGCAAUGGUUAUCAUCGCAUUCGCCGGAUAUAUCGUCAACUUUUUCAGCUCCCCCAAGUUCCGCGCUAGCCCACAGAUAGCCAAUACCCUGGGCGCUUUCACCGUCGGCGUUUUGGCCAACCUAUACUCGAGGCUACGACACGGUGUGGCUGCUGCUGCCCUGUUACCUGCCAUAUUCGUACAGGUUCCCAGCGGUCUAGCAGCAACAGGUAGCCUGCUUAGUGGGUUGAGCACCGCAAACGAGCUCAAUAAUUCGACCGAAGUCGUGAACGGAACAAGCACAGUCACCAUCGAUAGCGGGCAAUCGCUGGAUACGAUCGUAUUCAAUGUGGCAGCCUCUAUGAUCCAGAUCGCCAUCGGUAUCACUGUAGGCCUGUUCCUGAGCUCGUUGAUUGUUUACCCACUUGGAAAACGCCGCAGUGGGCUUUGGACCCUCUGAGGUUGUUCAUCAUUUGGCUCGCCAUGGUCGUCGUCACUUCGGAAUUUAGGGCGUUGGUGUCACAAAAAAAAGGGGGCCCGGCACAGAUGAGCGAGCAGGCAAUGCUUUU